UGUAAAUAUUGAUGCCGGCUUAGCCAGCGAUGGUGUCUUCUCGAUUGAGCUUCGGAACGACAGUGAAAAAAAAGCAUUUCUAUUCUGAAUAGUUAACGGUAAACAGCAAAAAAAUUAUGAGCACAAAUAGACCCUCGACCGAGGUGCUUACACUUCGUAAGCAUUUUGCUCAAAAUGACCGCCAACGCGAGCUGAGUGUACACUCACUGAAAGUGCAUUGCGUAACCUGGAACCAAGAUGGACGUAGACUAGCCUCGGGUAGCCUUGACAAGAGUGUUACUAUAUUUAAUCUGGAAAAAGAUCGACUGGCAAAGGAUACAACGCUUCGUGGACACUCGGAGUCGGUCGACCAAUUGUGCUGGCAUCCACGUAACCCUGACGUGCUUGCAACAGCAUCCAUUGAUCGAAGUGUGAAAUUAUGGGACGCGCGCCAGCCUAAAGCAGUUCACACAGUUGCUACGAAAGGCGAAAACAUCAAUAUCUGUUGGCACCCGGAUGGUCAAACUCUUGCUGUUGGAAACAAAGAAGAUCUGGUGUCGUUUGUAGAUGUGUCAACGUUCAAAAUUCGUCAGGAGCAACAAUUCAAAUUUGAGGUGAACGAAAUGUCCUGGGACAAAAGCGGCUAUUUUUUCUUUCUUACAAGCGGACUUGGCUGUAUUCAUGUAUUCAGUUACCCGGAGAUGACUAGUAUUCAAGUACUGCAGGCUCAUCCGUCCAAUUGUAUAUGCAUAGAGUUUGAUCCUCGUGGGCGUUAUUUUGCAACCGGCAGCUCAGAUGCCCUCGUCUCACUUUGGGAUGUUAACGAACUUAUUUGCAUUCGUACCUUCAACAGGUUGGACUGGCCAGUUCGUACACUAAGCUUUAGCCACGAUGGAAAGUUAAUUGCAUCGGCGUCUGAGGACCUUGUUAUAGACAUUGCACACGUUGAAACAGGUGAAAUGGUUCACCAAAUUCCUGUUAAAGCGUCGACGUUCUCAGUGGCAUGGCAUCCAAAACGGCACCUAUUGGCGUUUGCUUGCGACGAUAAAUAUCCGUUGUCAGAAGAUCGAGAAAGGGACGCGGGCCUCGUAAAACUUUUUGGAUUAAGUAGAGAAUAGACUAUCUUCAAUUUUGUUUUGCCUCUUAUAGUAUUUCGAAGUGCGAUGUUGAAAAUGUCGUAUAUGUAACAAAAAUAAUUGUAUUUAUUAAUUCGUAUUUCUCGCCAUCAGAAGAAAUGUGAGUACUAGCCGGUUUAAAUAUAUUAAAUAGAGAACGCAUUUAUUCGUCCGAGCAUACUGUGUAUGUCAUUAGAUCAGUAAAAACAAAUUGACAUACCAAUGUAAAGGACUGCAUGAGCGUUGCAACGCGUGCAGGUGGGGCAUAUGUAGGGAAUACUGUGGUGGUAACUUUAUACAAUUUUGUUAAGACUAAGAGAAGAACUCGCGGAGAGUUCUUCUCUCAGUCUUGAGUACGCAAAUGUCAGAAUUUGCUGGUGGAAUUUAUUUGAUAAACUGAUGUAUAAUGGCAUGUUCAUGUAAAUAAACAAUGUUAUAUAUUGUCUUGUGAAAUGAAUAAUUGCAGAUAUUAAUAUCUGCUUCCUAUUUCAUAUUUACUUCUAUAUCAUGGUAACUGAGGUGCAUGUCUAUGUUGUCUGUAUGUGUGUGGAGACCUACGAAUCCCUAAGUAUUCUGAGGGCUUGCGUAAAGGACCAACUUUGUCCAGUUAUACCACAUUGGCCUAUGCCUAUUGAACCUACACGCGCUUCGAUAAAGCUGCAUGUGAGGUAAUUAAUAUGUAGCUACUUGAUGUAUAGCAGUAGAAGCAGUGUUCUAAUCUAUCGUAUGACAUCGCACAGCGAAGAAGUUUGCAUCACUUCAUUGACUCAUAAGAUGAUGACUGAGUUUCCUUGUCGUAACCGCUUAACCGGAAUAUUAGUUACAUUAUUGUUCAGGUCUGCGUGUAAUCAUCAACCGUGCCUAUGGUAUCCAAUGAAGAACAAAGAUUUUCUUGGUGAAAUCGUACAAAGUUUUUAAUGUCGCUUAUUUAUUCAUUAAAUAUUUAGCAAUCAUAGCAAUGCACAUCGAGCUUUUAACCGCUUUCCGUCUCGCUUUUCCUCUUCGUUGCCUUUUUUCUUGUUUUUGAUGUUAUUCCAUUAGCCAUUCUUCUAGUCCAUUUGCAUUUCCACUUUGCUGUUGAUUUCUCCAUUUCUGCAAUGAAUGCUUCUCCCUAGUCAUUAAAUUAAUUCAUGUACAACUUUUUUCAUGUUGCUCUCAUUAAUUCUAUUAUAAUUUUAUCUAAUGUCACAUUAUAAUUAUCAAGAAUAUGACGUUAUUAUCUCAUUUCGCUUUUUUGCAGUUUUCCUAUUUUUCUAUUAAUUUCUUAGUUUUUUCAAACCAACAAAUUGCAACUUUUCGUCAAUAACGUGCUCACCGUGUAAAGACUUUUUAAUGCUACGAAAAUAAAACUAUAAGAAAAAAGAUGAUUUAAAUGUACGCUGACUUCAUGAUCAUACUGUUAUUCUCGUUAGACGUGCCGUUGAAUGAUUAUGGUAUAAUUGAUAAUAAGCGUAGUUUGCGAAACGGGGUAUGCGUAUGAUAUGUGCCCAUGACAUGAUGAAAGCGAUACGGCCGGAGACCUGUUUUUCGCGAUGCUGCUUUUUGCAAUUUCAUAUUUGAUUGUUUUCGGUUUUCCUCACAGAUCGGGCCAUAGUUUAGUUUCGCUUUAAUAGCCCGAAAUGAUUGUAUGCACGGUUUUAGGUUAUAUAUGUGAAUAGUUGGUGUGAGUUAUCGUAUUUGUUUGUUAACGCAAUCAGUGAAUUUGUUUAUUGCCUUUAACUUUGGACCUAACACGUUCGGUGAAUUUGGGAUUUUAGGUAGGUUACGAAAUAAUACAAGAUGUUACAUAAUCUCUUUUUGUUUAUCGCUUGUUAUGUAUGCAAUUUUUUAGUGGUCGAAUUUGUCUACUUGACAAAACGUGUCCACAAACGUUUUCCGUUAUUCUGCUUUCCGACGGACGGAUAUGGGCAUCGUGCGCGGUCUUCCGUUGAUUUUU